GCGAAAUGAGGAUUGGUUUCUGAGAAUCCGCUGCUCUUGGCGUACUUGUGUACAGCUUCUGAUCCGAAGUGCUAUUCUGCUUACGUUGGAAGCUGGUUUUUACUUCGUUUUGCCCAUGCAUUCUUGUCUACUUGUUUUGAGGUACAGCAUGUUUUUCGUUUUUGAGGUACAGCAUGUUUUGGUUCCUUAGAAGUUCUCCGUCUGCGUUCUUUUUCCGGUUUCGUUAAAAUGUCUGCUAAAUUCUUUAUGCUCGUAUGACUCUGUCCCAAAACAUGCCCGCUGCAAGCAGUUCGGUAUUGGAUUUUUGUACUGUUGCUUAUUACUUGUUACAACCCAAAUUGAAAUUCAAACUCAUUAUCAUUCCAGUCGAUUAAUAUGCACAAGAUCUUUAACCUGAUUCGGGGCGACGCUUCAUUCCAAUUCCAAUAAAUUUGAAUUUCGCAGGCGACUAACAUGUCCGGGUCCGGGCGGCUUCCGCAAGACCAGUAUGAUUACCUCUUUAAAUAUGGAAGUGUCAGAAUCGAAAUUGACAAAGUCGAAAAAUUUGUGAUGCGCAAAAUCGUAGCCAGUUAGACCCACAGUUUGUAGUCGGCGCAUGACAAAUUUUCCCCGUCCUGGAAGCGAAUCUGUCAUGCGGUUUAGGGCAAAGGAGCUGCCUUCUGUCAUGCUAGUCAGCAGCCCAACAUUUGGCCCUUACCAGGACUAUAAUCCGCCUUCCUUGCAUCCUCUGCAAUAGAGUCGCUUUUUGUGUAGCAUUUUAUGCAUUACAGAUAAUUUCGACUUUGACGAUUUCGAUCCUGACACUCCCAUAUUAAAUUCAUCGUAAUCGGCGACGCCGGGGCUGGGAAAAGUUGUCUGCUGCAUCAGUUCAUAGAAGGAAAAUUCAAAAAGUCUUCCUCCCACACAAUCGGGGUCGAGUUCGGAAGCAAGAUUAUACAGGUACAGAUACUUGCCGUUUUUCUAUAUUCUGGAGAAUUGUCUGUCUUUAUUUCGCGCUCUAGCAACUGUGUUAUGAUUUAGGACUGUCGAGUAGUUGUUUAUUCCCGUUUGCGUAUCACUCCGCCACUGCUAAUGAGUAUCAACUCCCCAGGUCGCCAACCGGACAAUAAAACUUCAAAUAUGGGACACCGCCGGGCAAGAGAGGUACCGCAGUGUCACGAGAAGUUACUACCGAGGAGCGGCAGGAGCGCUUAUUGUACUACUGUUUGUGUCUACUCUUACGGGUCGUGUUGAAGCUACUUUUGCGUGCUGGCGUAGGAGAGAAAAUUGUGGUGCAGAGAACAUGAAUUUGUAAAAAGUCAAAAUCAAAAUGACAAAAUAUGAAACUGCGAAAGGUCUACGAUAUAACGAAUCGCGAGACGUAUCAGCACCUGAUGAAUUGGCUCGCGGAUGCGCGAACACUUGCCCGCGCCGACAUCAGCAUCAUAGCAGUGGGAAACAAGUGCGACAUGAAGGAUAGGAGAGCUGUCACUUGUACAUUUUUGCUUUUAUGUUCUUGAGCUUAUUGUUGCAUCUUAGUAGUAUAAAGUUUAGCUGCAUGAUGUUGACACUUUCCUUGCAUGUUCACAUAAUUGCAAUGAAGAGGCGCAAAAUCAAAAUUACCAGACCUCGAAGCCAGCCGCUGCGCACAGGAAAAUGACAUUCUUUUCCUCGAGACAAGUGCAUUGACCGGCGAGGGAGUCGAGGACGUUUUCAUAAAGGUAGAAGAUUGUCAGACUCACGCUCAUGAUUUUAGUUGUCGAAAGGAAAUUUGUUGCCGGAAGUGAAGUCUAUCCGGAAGGAAAAUCACAAUUGAAAAAUCAAUACAGGUCGCAAAGCAGAUUCUGAAUAAAAUCGAGGACGGCCUAAUAGACCCGAAUACCAUGGUAAGUGGCAUCCAUGCCGGGAAUCUGAAGAACCUGGCCACAAAUUCUGCAAGUACAACGCCCUCUGGGGACGUCAACACGAAAUGCAGUUGCUAGAACCCGCGCAGGAGCAUAGAAAUCGCAGUGGUUACGACAUUGUUGAAAUUUUGCGUUUUUAUGAUUUCGAAGAAACAGUCAAUGCACUGCUAGCGCAAAGAGCUGUAUGUUGUUUUGACGAUAUUUAUUGUCAUGUGAAAAAUUACCUUAGUACGCAAAACUUUACACAUCGAAAAAUCAUCUGUUUAUGUCAUCUACUAUUUUGCAAUGGGGUGGUGGCCACGACGGGAAAAAAUCUCAUGGCCCGCCGCCGCACAAUUGCCCGUAAAAGUGCCUUCAGAACAAUCAGGCGAAGGACGAACGUGCAUCUGCGAUAUCGGCGAGAAUACGAUCGCUGACGUGUCUGCUUCAAAAGUUGCAUAAUCCGAUUACGUAGGACGCGCGCUCGCCAGAUUAUAAAUUAUCUGUUAGGGGGAACCAAAUCUCUGAUCUCUGUGAGAACACCGAAUAGUCAAAGAACUAUACGAGAUCAGGCAAAGAAACACACAAUAUCCUUGACGCGGAAGGUAUUUUUCGCAUCGGCAAUUGACGAG